AUGAAGGCGUUAGCAAGUGGGGGUCCGCUUGAUGCUAAAUUAGAAGCCUUCCGCCUCCCGGCCUAUCAUGUAUCGAACAACCCGAUAGAGGACAUUGAGGAUGAGGAUGGGAUGGAGGAAGAAUCCAGAUUUUCGAGAAUUAUCGACAUGUUUAGAGAUCUCAAUCUACCUCGGAGAAUGUGGGCCAAAACAUUCUCGGUCGGACAAGACCAAACCAGUGCUGCGUUUGCUGAAGCUCUUUUCGAAGCUGCAAUCAACACAGGCUCCUCGGACAUAGUACAAGCGCUGCUAGAAGCCAGCAUUGACCCAAAUUAG